GGUUUCGCGGCGGCCGCCGCGCUUGCGCGCCGCCUGUGCACGCGGCGGUCACAGGUGCGCAUUGCGCUCACGUACAUGCAGUUGUGUGCACACCCGUAAUCGCGCUGUCCCGUUGUUCCAGGUUUUCUGGUAGCGGCCUGACGGACCCUGCGAUCCGAAAUGUCCCAGCUGCCCACAGAAAUCACUGUCUUGCAGACGGUCGUCACGGACGGCGAAGACGGCUUCCCUCAGGCGGAGGUAGGCGGCGGGAGGCGGGGCCCGACCCCGACCGCGAUGCGGCCUGAGGAGGUCCGGGGAGGCCCGGUGGCGGCGGCGGCGGCGGCCCGGAGAGGCCCGCUGGCAGCCAGGGGAGCCCCGUUGGCGGUGGUCAGGGCAGGCCCGUUGGCGGCGGCCCGAGGAGGCCCGGUGGCAGCGACUGCGGGAGCCCCGCCGAGGGCCAGAGGGAUCCCGGUGGCAGCGGCGGCAGUCAGAGCCUCCCAGAUGGCGGCGGCGGCCAGGGGAGCCCAAGCGGCGGCGCCCAGGGGAGCCCCGACGGCGGCGGCCCGGGAAGGACCGGCGGCAGCGGCAGCGGCGGCGGCGGCCCGCGGGGGACCGGCGGCCAGGGAAAGCCAGAUGGGGGCGGUGUCCAGGGAAGUCCGGAUGGCGGAGGUCGCCCGGUUGUUGGGGGAGCCUCUGGAGGAAGAGGGUCCUGAGAACAGGCCCAGGUCCAGAGCCGGCAACGCGGGCAGCCUAGCCGCGCUGCCGUAUCUCCGCCUCCGUCACCCUCUUAGCGUUUUAGGAAUUAAUUACCAGCAGUUUCUCCGCCAGUAUCUGGAAAAUUACCCGAUAGCCCCGGGCAGAAUCCAGGAGCUGGAAGAACGCCGCAGGCGAUUUGUGGAAGCCUGCAGAGCUAGGGAAGCUGCGUUUGAUGCUGAGUAUAUGCGCAAUCCUCAGCGGGUGGAUUUUGACAUUUUAACAUUUACCAUAGCCCUGACUGCAUCCGAAGUUAUCAAUCCUCUGAUAGAAGAACUUGGUUGUGAUAGGUUUAUCAACAGAGAAUAAAAAGCAGUGCUGCAACAACUCCCAGACAGCCUCCACCUUCGUGUCCAACCAUUCCUGCAACUUGAUUUUGAAUAGUCCAAGUGUAUUGGGAAUCAGACAGUAUGCAGUUGGAGAAAAAGAAUUACCGUGAAAAAAGCAACAGAAAAAAUAUUUAAAAUGUCGAAAGCCUCUGUAAGGCUCCUGUGACAUUCUCCGACUUUGUGAUGGAUCCAGAUUCUUUCCCCUUGCAUUACAGUAACUAUUUCUCGACAUGGCUUCAUUAGAAUGUAAAAGAUGGUCUUAUGAAAAGGAUUUGAUGAAGAAGACUUGCCAGCAUUUAAGCCCAUAAUGAAGAAAGAAAUUAUCAGAUAGUGAUUAUAAGAAUAAAGAAUGACAGUUGUUUUUAGGACUGCAGG